CAUCAACAGUUGGAAAUCAAAAAUUACGAACAAUGAACGUGCAUUUGUCGAUUUUAAUUUUAACAUCAUUCAUACUAAGCGAUGCUUGGCAAACAUUAGAAGACAGGCGGUAUUCUCGAAAUCUAAGAGGGGACUACCAUUAUCACACUAAACGACACAUGCUGCCUCGGGAAGGCGAACCAAGAAAACGCGCUACUUCACAGCGACCAAAGGAAUUAAGAAAAAAGCCAUCAGGUCAUCUAACUCCUUUAAACGAAGAUGAUAUAGAAAAUGAUGAAGUCGUUUCCGUAGCAGUGGGACCACCAGCGAUCAGACCCAAAUACGACAAACUAUCCAAAAGUAAUGGAAAAUUAGUCCCAUCUAACAUUAAUGCUGGUGAUAAUAAAGCCAGCACUCUGGUUAAAGAUGUUUUAUUACAAUUAGGAAGAGAAUUAUUGUCACGUCAAGUAUCUGAAGAUUUUGUGUUUGGACAAUACCUUGGAAUGGCUAUGAAAAAUCUUACAGCGGAUUUGAAAUUGAGAAUGCAACAUGAAAUUUUAGAACUUAUAGUUAAAUAUCAGAAGAAAACUGAACCACAAACAACGACCACACAACCCGAGGAUAUAAGUACUAGCACUGUUUAUAGUGAAGUCAAAUAUAAAGGAGAACUAAUAGAGAAAGAAAAGAAAAACGACACGGAUGAAGGUUGGCCUGAUUUCAGUAAUUUAGCUAAAAUUGUUGGUUAAUAGAGAUCGUGCUGUUAACGGCUGAUAACUGUAUAUAAUUGUAUUAAGUAAAACUAUAUAAAGUUUAGUAGAAAAGUUGUAUACUUAUAAAUAAAAAUAGUAUUAUUACACGCUUUAUAUUAGCUUCACCUGUAUG